ACACAGAGGAAAACGUUGUUUUUCUCUUCAUGUAAGGUCACCUUUCCCUCUAAUGGCAGCAAUGGACAAAACCGAAUUUGGAAAAACAACUGUCUUCUUGUCAAAGAAGGGGGAAGUGUACAGGAUUCCUGCCCUUUACUAUAAUGAAGAUGAAAAAAAACUGUAUGCUAUUGCAGAGAAACGGACAACAGCACAAGAUUCGGAUGCGGUGGCGCUGGUCAUGAAAAUAGGAACAGUGAGGGAUGAUAACAGCAAGAGGACAGUAGAGUGGACAGAGAAUGAAGAAGUAUUAAUGAAAAAGUGCUCCUGUGGAUAUCGUCCCAUGAAUCCCUGCCUGCUGUUUGAAAAACACACAGGAACACUGUUUCUUUUCUUCGUGUAUGUGAAAAACACAGAGAGCUGGCAGAAAAAGCACCACUGCAACAUGGCCCGUCCUUGCUACAUCAGAAAAAGAACCAAGGACAGCCAGUGGAGUGAGUUCACUGAUCUGACCGAUCAGCUGCCUGAGAUUCACUGCUGGUCAGUGCUUGCCGUUGGACCAGGCCAUGGUCUUCAAACUGACAACGGCACAAUGAUUGUUCCAGCGUAUGCUUACACAGGCCCAAAAGAUAAACCCCCCGUUCCAAAUUCUUUUUUUUUUUGUAGUGAUGAUAAAGGGAAAACAUGGAGAAUUUCUAAAAUGGUGAAAAAAGUUUCUCUAGAGUGUGAGAUGGUGGAGGUAAUUGAUGACAAUAGGAAAAAGGUUAUCUACUGCAAUGCUCGCAAUGAGGGAGGUCUUCGAGUGCAAGCUACGGUUGGUCAAAAUAGUUCUGCUGAGCUUAAACAAUCUCCCAUUCUCGUAGAAACAGGUAAAGGCUGUCAGGGGAGUCUGGUUUCAUUUCCAGCCCAGCCUGCAGCUGCACACACAAAUCAGGUAAACAAAUGGUUACUUUUCUCUCACCCAACAAGUAAGGAUGAGAGGUUGAAUUUAGGAGUCUAUCUGAACAAAACAGCAUCAAGGUUUGACCCGCUUGCAUGGAAACAACUCGGGGUCAUUAAUGAUGGACCCAGUGGUUAUUCUGACCUGGCCUACAUUGGUGACGGCUGGUUUGCAUGUCUAGUGGAGUGUGGGAAGGAAUGUUGUACCGAACAGAUAGCUUGUAUCCUGUUUACUUAUGAUGAACUGAAGCCUGGCAUUUGAAGUAAAGGGUGUGGUACUUAUGCAUAACAGGUUGUUUUACCACUGAGACUUUAAGACAUCAAGAACAUCGCGGACAGGCGCUGCCAGAUCCUCUCCAACGCCAUCCACCCCAACCAUGGGCUGUUUUCCCCCCUGGCAGAAGGUUCCGCAGCAUCUUCUGCAGAACGACCAGACUACUGAACAGCUUCUUCCCCCUGUUCCCCCUGGCCAUCAGACUGCUUAACGCCACACAACACUCCUUUACCUUAGUUUUGUUUUGUUUUCAAUUUAAUGUUUCGUUUUCAAUAAUAUAUGCAAUACAUAUAUAUAUACAUGCACUCUUUACCCUGUAUAUAGCCAGCUCUUACUCAUAGAAAACAUAUUUAUUGUGCAUGAAAAAGGUCUCACCUCUGUUACAGUGGUAGCCAAGUAAUCGACAUUUCGUUGUCAAGAUUCACCUUGUGUUUUUUGUGCAAUGACAAUAAAGGCAGUCUAAGUCUAAAAAUCAGAUUAAUUUUCAGUAUAAGAAAAGAAAUGUUCUAUGGUGUAUUUGGUUUCGUUUACUUACAAUUUCUUUUCAAACAUAAGCCAUAUACUUCAAGAUCCUCAGUUGGUUUCAGUUGUUUUUCUUUUUUGUGCAUCAUCAUCAUCAUCAUUGCUUUGUUAUUGUUUCAAUUAUUUGCACAUUUCUGUGUUUCAUUAUUGGUAGUAUCUGUCUGCAUAU